AUGAAUGUUGAGCACGAUGCAGUCAUCGAGAACGACAACGGAAUUGAAAUCCCACACUGGACUAAAUUCAGCGAGAAAACAGUGCCAAUGGAAGACGAUUCAGAAGAAGAGAAAACAGACAAUGAAACAUACACCGAUUUACACACACAUUUUGAACAGAACGAAAGAAGAAGAUACGUCAUGCUGACACUCAACCCAGACGACAACGACAAACCAUUUGUACUCCCACUUGCCUCAAUGCAAUACCUCAAAAUGACAGAAGCAAAGGAAUUGAAAGAAAGCUACACUCACAACUUCAAUUUCUCAGCAGCAAAACAAAAGGACGACAAACUCAAACUCGCAUUUCAAAGCGUUUGGGAAACACAGGACGCUGGACAAUUUGCUCUCAAUUUCAAAAUCAGCACUCUCUAA